UAUUAUCGUGAGAGUUACUCUGCAAAUGAAUGUCAGAACACUGACUUCUUCAUCUACAUGCAGCAGUAUAAACUCACAUGAUUGAACAUUUAAAUUGAUCAGACACAGGUGAGAUCGGUCAGAGUCCGCUCUCGAGUGACGUCACGCCGGUGAUCGAUGAGCUCGCGGAACGCGGAAGUGGGAGUCGGUCAGUGCGUUAAAGUUUCCCGAGGAAGAAGAUCAGUUGGAAGAGACAAACAUGUGGCCGAAUCAAGGACCUCCGUUUCAGCAGCCCAAUCCUGCCUUUCCUUCACCUCCAAACCCUGCAUAUCCAGCCAUGCCCAUCCCAUCAUGCCCACCUGGACAGAACCCUGCCUAUCCGCCCGGCAUGAACCAGCCCUCCACCAUCCCGUACAUGACCCCAAAUCAACACCCUUUCCCUCCCGGUGUGCCCGGUGUGCCUGGCCCGCAUGGCCCAACCGGCCCGUAUCCUGGAGCAGGGCAUCCAUGCCCCGUCCCGCAGUUUGGAGGCCACCCGGCAGGAAUGCAUGUACCUGGUCAUAAGAAACACAAAAAGAUGAAGAAGAUGAAGAAAGGGCAUAAAGCUCAUAAAGCUAACAAGGAACAUAAACAUAUGAAACAUGGCAAGCAUUCGUCCAGCAGCAGUAGCAGCAGCAGCAGCAGCGAUUCUGACUGAAGAUGAGCACCAAAACCUCGUACAUGCACUGAUAUACAACUUAUUCGCCUCUUUUCCUAAUGAAUGUCUAAUUUUUCAGUGUCAGGGCAAACAUCAGUCAAAAUGCCCAGCAGCAAUAAAAUAGAUAAUCACAUGAAGUGUUAAAUAUACGUACAUGUUUCUGUGAGUCUGAAUGCUUUUCUUAAUCAGUUACAAGGAGAAAUCCAAAGUACAAAAUAUGUAAAUCACACAAUGCUUCCAUGCAUGAAACUGCAACUGUUUAUUUAAAUGUGAAAUGUGACUGACCAUCUGUCCUUGUGAAGAGAAGUCUCAUCAGUUCCCAAAACUACUCUGACAUUAUUCAGCAUGUUUUAAUUAUAACCUUUUACUGACAAACUUGUGAACAACUAUACUGACAUUUGCCUCCAAAACUAUAAUCAAAAAAGCUCAUGUACUUUAUCUAUCAAAGUUGAUUUAAAGUAAAUUGAUUUCAUUUAUUUUUGGGUUGUAAUACUUUCACUCAAGUAUGUUUUUGCCUGGGUACAUUUAAUUUUUAACUAAGAUUUUUGAAACAACACUCAUAGUUUAAUGCAUCUUUGUACUUUUCACUAGUCUAAGCAAUAAAUACAUGUUGAUUAAAGUCGAUCAGGAAUUUAUGAAGCUGAAGUUGAUCUUGUUGUUAACGUAUACAUGAGUGAAGUGAUGUAUUUCGAACUGUAAACUCUCUAAAGUGUGUGACCGUAUGCUGAGAAAUUGUUGAACUCAGCUGCAUAAUUCCUGUUAAUAAUGAGGAACUGGUAUUUUUUCAAUAAAUAAUAUAUUAAGAGAAA